AUGCCUCCGUCUGUCGAGAAGACGCUUGCAAGGAUACGAGAGUCUGUUGAAUCGGGUGCCUACUAUGAGGCGCAGCAAAUGUAUAAGACGUCAUACCACCGCAGCAAGGCCCGGCAACAAUUCGCAGACGCUGUCGCCAUCCUACAGGAGGGUGCAGUCACACAGCUAGCCCAUGGCCAACCAACUUGUGGGGUGGAGCUGGGCAUGCUCCUCAUUGAGGCUUAUGUGGCAGCGUCUACACCUGCUGAUGCGGAUACGGUAUCACGUGUGUUGGCAAUCAUCCGGGCUUUCCCGCUAACUGCCCGCACAUCGGCUGACGCAAAUCAGGGUCAAGCCACAUCGUCGUCAUCCUCGUCACAGGCCGUUGCUUCCCCAGUCGUGGACGAGUACGCAAGGCUUGUCGCAGCUGCGGUCAAAUGGGCCAACAAGUACGGGCUGAUGGGCGGUGACCCGGCAGCGGUCGGCCUAAAUUGUGAACAUGCUUCACUGCUAUCUAGCACUCGCUUCACCUUUACCUGUGUGAUCGGAUUAAGGAAGGAUCUGGGUUGUAGGCUUGCGGUUGCUUUGGAUGAUGCGUUUCCUUUACAAAGCAAGAAUGGCGCCGUGGUUUCGGCGCGCCGUAUUCACUCCGCCUUCGCAUCCUAUCUGUGGAGGUCUUUUGGUACAGAUGGGAUUGGCCGUGCACUGCCGCACUUCAUACGAGGAGAAGACGCAGAGGAAUUCGCCGAGGCCCUGUAUUCGUGCGCCCGGCAAGGUCCUUCUGGCGAGGCGGAUCUCUGGCUUCUGCGUGCCGUGCUGCAAGUGCUAGCGGCAGCCUCUGGCAGCAGCUCCACGGCUCAGAUGUCCUACGCGAGGGCCCUGUACGACGCCUUUAUUGCUAAAGACAGUCCAUUGGACACCCCCACGGGUCACUUCACGGAGCUCGUGCUACUGGCUGUGGAGCAUACGCCUAUCUCCCCUCGCGCUCACGACAUGUUCGCCCUGGUGCGGGAGCGCUACAGCGACGGAGUGCUGCGGCGGGAUGAAUCCCUGGGGGCCCUGAUGGAGCGCGUGGAGGGGUUGUUCUUCAACAUGCGCCGCGGAGGGAGCGCUCUGGGAGGCCUGCUGGGUGACUUGUUCAGGACCCUAACGGAGGUGCAAUGACUCUGCAGAGAUUGGGCCCAGGAGGACCUUAGGAUCGGAGUGUUCGCGGCUUAACGUGGCCUGAAGGACAGUGUAAAUCGUUUGGUUUCCCUGCCCGAGGCUGUGUGUGUGUGAAUGUGUGCGUGCGUCUGUGUGUUUCUGCAUGAC